CAUCAAACCAAUUGACUUUCUCUCUGAAUAUCAUUUAAACAUAUUCCCGACAACUCAUCUACGUUGUUUGUUAAGUAUAGGGCUGCGAUUUACACUGAGAAGGACACGAUGAUAGAGUGGAAAGCCUUUUUCUGUGUGAUAAGCCUUCAACUUUUUGUCCACCAUUCACAAGGUACGUUUUCAUAUUUUCCAAUGGGGCUUCAUCUGACGGCCAGUACUCAAUUCCACACAGAUCCAUUUGUAGAUGUUAUACUGUAUUUUGUAGUACUCUGUGAAUCAGAGAGCUCAAUUUGAAAAUGGUAAGGCCUUUAUAAACAGGCAUUUAUGAACAUUAGCCGAUAACAUCUACCAUAAACUAUAACAUGUAGGACAAAACACUGGGAGCCUUCGUUAUCUCAUGAUUUUGGACUUACAAAUAUAUAGACAUCUUUUAGUGUAACUUUCCCAUCAAGCUUUGCUAUUCGUCGGAAAAUGUACUUUUGUUACUUGUACUUUUGUUCUAAAGUUUCUAGCGGUGGCACAGAGAUACAACGGGAAAAUGCUUGCUUAAGAUGUGCAAGAUUGACGAAAGUUCAUCAUCGAGAAAUCUUUGUUAUAUUUACAUACAUCAAAAUUGCGAAAUACAAGUUUUCUAACUGUCCCUCUUUUUUUUUACUUAUUUAGGCUCAUCAGAGUGGGACCAACUACGAGGUUUGACAUAAAAAUGGCCAAAAGUGAUUUAUCUAUACUCAUUUACGCAGCAAAUUGAUUUCAUUUAUAUCUUUCCAGUUCCAACAGUACUUAUUAUGUGAUUGGUACUACAUGAUGGUAUCAUACACUGCACAGUAUAAGAGCAGUAACAUAGUGUUGUCCGUCAAUAAAUAGAUAAUUGAUGAGAUACCUGAGUUUCUCUUGUUUCGAGAAGGUGAAACCUUUACUUGUCGAGAUAACAAUGUUGUCAUGGCAACCAGAUCAUGAACACGGUUGAUACUUACUUACUUCAAGGUAAUGAAUCUUUGAUAAACAAUUGAUGACUGGCCCAAAGUGAAACAGUGAUUCGUGUUUCCCAGAGAUCUUUAAUAUUCCUCGAGUGGAAGACUAGGGGAACAUUAUGCACCAGUUAUUUAAGCAAAGUUUAACCGUUGUUUAACAAAACCGCGCUCUUAACUAUCUUCGAUUUAGGUGAAUCUUUUGUCUGAACAUAGAUUUUUGAGAACAGUUUCAAGAAUGCCGCGAGCUAACGGUGAAAGGACAUUUAUUUCAUUAAAUCAACCCUCUUAUGGAAAGUAUCCGCGGCCCACUGAUUGCGUAAAACCGUGGAUUGGGUUAGACCUCGUGUAAUAACUGUCCCUAUGAGUCCAAGGAAAAAGAAACUCACUACAGGGGUCCUCUUAGGCCAAUGGCGCGGAGGUAGUUUUGCUAUGCCUCCCAACACAAUAGCAGAAAGUGUUACUGAUUAAGAAUAAUAAAUGAAAGCUUAGUUUAUGUAUUUUUUGCAGUGACAUUUAUGAAGUUUACUUCCUAUCCACUGACUUCCCAACAGGCAGUGCAGGCUGGCUGGAGGCAAGACGCGAAAUGCUCAGGUACUGGGCCUGAACGAAGUACUCUGGCGUGUGAAGUGUUCAAUCUAUUAUGCAGUAGUUAUACUUUCCUAUUUCAUGGUUACAAUGUGCGCUUUCAAAAUUUUCCUCUUCUCUUGUUGUUUGUCUAUGAUUUAGUCAGUUUUGUGGUGUUAUGGAAACCGUUACCACGGAAACGACAACCUAAACGAAUGUCUCAUGAUUUUCCUUCUUACCCAGUUCUCUCUACAGACAUGCGCGAAAUAUCAACACAGAAUUGGAUGUUGGACCUUAGCAGACUUAGUACCACUAUCUGACAGUCUUUAAACUUUUUAAUUCAGAUGUUACUUCGUUGUUUAUCCUAUACAGGAAAAGCCAAGUGUUUCUACGGCAAUCGUUAUUCCCAAAAGGACGAUGAUGCCACGAGGCUCAUCUUUGAUUGUGAUGGGAGCUUGGCAGGAAUGCAGGCAACGGUAAGAAAGUACAUCAAUUUAUGAACUUGUCAAUCUGGUUGAAAGCACACCCCAAGGAGCACGUGCCCACUUCAUUAUAUUUCUAGAGCACCACACGACUCGCGUAACGUGUUUGUUUUUGUCAUACGUUAAAUUUGGAUCCAUUGUUUGUCGUGAAUAUUUUUAAGAAAGGAGAUAACCCCUGACUCCAGAUCCAAAUAUCCAAUUUCUAGGCCAGGGUGUUGUGCUGUGUUCGUGGGUAAGACGCGUUGCAAUUACAACGUCCUUCUUCCCCCAGGAGUAUGAAGGGGUAAAACUGUCCGCCAUAUCCCGCGGGAUAAGGCUAGAUGGAACUCCGGGAACGAGACUGGGGGUGCAGACUGAAGCCUUUUUUCUGCAUUUGAACCGGUGACCAGCUGAAGUAGCCAAGUGCUCUUUCACUUUACAUUUAAGCAUCCAUUUUGCAGAUUACAUCCCAUUACUUCAUCGUAAUCUGCAUUUAUUUCUCUUCGUGUACUUCCUCGAUUAUCUCAGAUCUGUCAAACGAAUGAAUAUCCGAACCCACAUGACCGUUAUCCGUGGAUUUCACUCGAUGAUGGACGGGUGGCUGUCACUGUUUACUUCCGGGAUCCAGACGAAAUUUGCGUCUGCAAAGGGAAGUGUAACAAGGUUGCAAAUAACAAACCACCAAUAGGAGACCGGGUGUGGAUUCAAAUGGCUGACUUCCGCCUAAAGAAAGACGUCAUGGUUGUGCCUCUUGAUGCAAAUCAGGUUUCAGGGACGCCAUGGGUUGAAGGAACUUGUAUUCCUGGAAUGGGUAUUAAUAAAUAAUUUUUAUUGAAUAAUUUGCUUCGAUAUUUAUUUUAAAUCAUGCAUGAAAUGGAUUAUUCAACACCCAGGGGAAGGAAUUCCUGCCAUUUACACAAACCAUCUUUUUGGAAAUUCAAUGAGUGACAUUUCGUGGCUCAAACUGGCAAGCAACGCUGUGCUUCAGACGAUGGCAACUUUGUACCUUUGUUUGAAAAAAAAACAAAAAGAAAUGAAAAGAAAAAUGAGAAAGUAGAACGUCGGAAUGAAUCAGCUGCGAAUCCUCUUAGCGCAGUUGGUCAAUAUACAAACUAUUUUCUUCCUAUUCUUUCGACAGGUGUCCACUAUCAUUACAAUAUCUCUGUUGACUUGGAUUGUUAUAAAAGCCUGCCGGUUUUUCUGCUGUUCAGUCAGAAAACGAAAUCUUUGAUUGGUUUUGGCUGGGGCGGACCAGUUGACGUCACAAGCGACGCAUGGGAGAAGCCAGAUCCGUCUCUUUUUGCGGUGAGUGCAUAGCCAGUGUUACUAUCCUCAACCGCUCGUUGGUCAUAUCACGCAGCAUACUCUGUUUCGCUUUGUUAUUACGUGACAAGACUAAAUAACAGCUGUGACAAUCUAAAGAUCUGAGUGAAGAGUUCUUCAACAGACGACGACAUUUUUUUCUUUCUUUUGCUGUUUUUUUUACUUUUAUUUUAUGUUUUUUUCAUCCGUUAAUUAAACACAAGUUGAUCAUAUCAUUUCUCACCAGACUGACCAUUCGCUAUUGUAUAAAAUGUUUACAGAGAAGUUAAGUACUCAGCUAUCACGGAAGUGAAAGAGUUAACAACUCUUAGCUCUAAGAGACACGCCUUCAGCUCUUUUAUCAUAAUCAGUGUGCAUUUGCAUGAGCAUUUGAGUAGGGCCAUUUUAGGACCAUUUGGAGUUAAGUGCUAAUUUGCGGGAAAAUAUAUUGGUCUGUAUCUUUUUUUCAGAGAUCGAUGAAGCCAGAGACAACACCUGCUUGCCUGAAAGAUCUCCAAAUGGUGUCCGUUCAACAUGUCUAUUUUGUGGAUCCUACAAAAAUCGCUUGUGUUUAGACAGACAUCUCGAAAACAAUUUCUACGAUUUCUCUUCAACGUGACAAUGAUGUGACUGAGGGGAUAAUUAUCUGGGAAGUUCUUCUCUUAUAAAAAAAAGAUUCAGAAUCACAUAAACUCAGC